AGCUGCCUCACAGUAUAUACUGAGCGUCUCCGGUGAUCUCAGUCACCCUUAUUUCAAAAGAUCCGAAUAUAGUCAACUUUGGGUCAUACACCGGGGAAGGCGUUAAAAUUUUUUAUCGACGGACUGUCUCCCCCGCCAUUUCGGAAAAUGAUAACGCUGGGGUACUACCAAGUGAAAUGAAAGGGGGAGACCUUUUAGGAAUCUCUCGCCGAAGAAUGAAGCUAAAUCUUUACGACAGUUAGUGCGGGGUUGCCCUCACCCCCAUUACUGUCCUUUUCCCCCUCAGUCGCCUAAUGGAAAAACCUCGCGGCUCGCGGGCCAAGAGUUCGGCCACCCCUUCGCCGUGUGAGGAAUGGAAUGCCCCGAGGGGGAGGGGCCUAGUGAAGCCCUGCCAGGAGGUUGGCUUUGGCCAGUCGCAGGGUGGGAGGCGGCCAGGUCGGGGGUGGGGGCCCGUUCUGCGCAGCUGGGAGGGCGGAGCUGAACGAGCCCCGGGCCUGAGGGGUGAUCAUGGGCGGCUGAGGGGAGUCGCGUCCAGAGGCGGCCCGUGCGGGCGGCCAUGGCCGAGGAUUACUGGGACUCGCCAUAGCAGAAGCCGCUGCCCAGAAUCUCCACCAUUGAUGAGAACGGAAGCCUAUUCUUUAAGUUCAUUGACUGUGGCGAUCAUGGAGAGCAGUGACACUAGGAAUUUCCCCGCAAUGGAUCGAAUGAAAAAGAUCAAGAGGCAGCUGUCCAUGACGCUGCGGGGGAGCAGGACAGUAGAGAAAAACCUCAACGAACCCAUCAACAUAGAGGAAAAUAACAGCAGCGACAAUGGCCCCACAGUGAAGAGCGUGCGCCCCGGCACCUCCCGCAGCGUUCACGCCUUCCUGCACCAAUAUGCAGGCACCUUCCGCAGGCCCCGCCUGGCCAUCAGCCGCAGUCUGAGCACUCACCUGAACCGCACCGCCCGACUAGGUGAUUAUUGCUCCUCCCACCUUGCCCGCAAGGACUCCCUGUUGUGGGUAGGGGCUGUGCCAAUCCCUGUUGGCCUAAAAGAAGACGUUCUGGAGUCCCAACUGACCGACUGACUGACAUACACUUAGGCCUCGAGGCGCCAAGCUGGGCUGCUGCAGAGCUUGACUGAGGAGGCUGGGUAGGCUAGAGUGUUGAAUGUCCAUUCCUGGUGUCCGAAGGAGUGUGGUAAAGAUGCUGAUAACAUCUGGGUCUCAGUUCCAAUACAUUUGCAAUCACCAUGGGCUUAAGACCUGUGUCUUAACAGUAUUUCAGUCACAGUUUAGGCUGGGCAGAUGUGCUUCAGUUUCAUAAGCAUCUCCUGUACUUCUAGAUGAAGCUUAUAUCUCACGGGUCAGCUCGAUAUGAAAUGGGCUUGCUGGCUCUUCAAAAUAAUGUUGAAAUAGUUUGCAAGGUGCACAGGAAUAAUAAGAUCCCCAACAGGGUGCCCAUGGUAGCCUUGGCACCUGCAAACACCUUUCCUGGGGCCCACAAAGUGUUUUUAGAAAGUGGGCGAAGCCUGGUGAGAGCCAGCGUGGUGUAGUGAUUAACAGCAGUGGAUUCUAAUCUGGAGAACUGGGGUUGAUUCCCCAC